AGAGCUUCCGUUCGUUAUUCUCCGUUCAUCGAUGGCGAAUUGUCACCACCGCUCGAACUCUUCCACCAGUGAAAUUUCUGUGUAUUUGGACGCCGACAGUAGCGCCAUUGCCUCUACUUCUUCAGGAAUUCAUCAAAUACGUCGCAGAAUGUGGCAGGACCAGAAGCUAAAGGUGUUGUGGCUGAAGCUGAAGCUGAAGCUGAACCAUCAUCAAAUCAGGGUCACCAUAAGAGCAACGGAAUCAGUGCAUUGGUUGCUAAGUUCUUCGAUGAGAAUGUUCACCCGAAGAAAAAGCUGAAAUGGCUAAAACGGACGCCCAUGGUUAAGAAUGAUGGUACUAUUGAAUUUGAAGUUCCAGGAGAUAUUAAACCACCUCAGUCUGUAGACACUGGAACGGGGGUUAAUAAUGAAGCUCAGCAUGAAUAUUGUGAGCCAACACCCAUUCCGGAUAUUCGGCCACUUCAAAUUGUACUGGUUAUAGUUGGCACACGGGGGGAUGUCCAGCCAUUUAUUGCGAUUGGGAAGCGUCUGCAGGUAGAUGGCCACAGGAUUAGGCUAGCAACUCACAAGAAUUUCGAAGAUUUUGUCUUGAAUGCAGGCUUGGAGUUUUACCCUUUAGGUGGAGAUCCCAAAAUUCUUGCUGGUUAUAUGGUCAAGAAUAAAGGCUUCUUGCCAUCAGGACCUUCAGAAAUACAUUUACAAAGGAAUCAGAUCAAGGCUAUUAUUAAUUCUUUGCUUCCUGCAUGCAACAGUACUUACCCAGAUUCUAAUGUUCCAUUUGAAGCAGACGCAAUAAUUGCCAAUCCUCCAGCAUAUGGGCAUACUCAUGUUGCCGAGUAUCUAAGAGUUCCACUACACAUAUUCUUCACAAUGCCAUGGACGCCUACUAGUGAAUUUCCUCAUCCUCUUUCACGUGUUAAGCAACCAAUUGGAUACAGACUGUCAUAUCAAAUAGUUGAUACUUUAAUCUGGCUUGGAAUACGAGACUUGAUAAAUGAGUUUAGGAAGAAGAAGCUGAAGUUAAGGCCUAUUACUUAUCUAAGUGGAUCUUAUAAUUCCCCUCCUGACGUGCCCUAUGGUUAUAUAUGGAGUCCUCACUUGGUCCCUAAACCAAAAGAUUGGGGGCCUAACAUUGACGUUGUUGGAUUUUGUUUCCUUGACCUAGCUUCAAAUUAUGAACCACCAAAAUCGCUAGUAGAUUGGCUUGAAGAAGGCAAAAAACCUAUUUAUGUUGGAUUUGGUAGCCUUCCUCUACAGGAACCCGACAAAAUGACAAAAAUUAUAGUUCAAGCUCUGGAAAAAACAGGGCAGAGAGGUGUUAUCAACAAAGGCUGGGGUGGUCUUGGGAAUUUGGCAGAACAAAAGAAAUCUGUGUACUUAUUGGACAACUGUCCGCAUGAUUGGCUAUUUCCGCGAUGCACUGCUGUGGUACAUCAUGGGGGUGCUGGAACAACUGCUGCUGGUCUUAGGGCUGAAUGCCCAACAACUGUUGUACCAUUCUUCGGGGACCAGCCAUUUUGGGGAGAGCGAGUGCACACUAGAGGAGUAGGUCCAGCACCCAUCCCGGUGGAUGAGUUUACAUUGGAAAGGCUGGUUGAUGCCAUACGCUUUAUGCUGAAUCCAGAGGUGAAAAAGCGUGCUGUUGAACUUGCUAACGCCAUGAAAAAUGAAGAUGGGGUGGGAGGAGCAGUUAAUGCCUUCUAUAAACAUUAUCCGUGGCAAAAGUCUGAUUCUGAGGCCGAGCCCAAGCCAUUAGCCUCAGGACAUAAAUGUUUCUCUAUACGAGGAUGCUUUGGUAGCUCAAAAUCUUCUAGAUAAAUAGCUUUCUUCAUUCAGCAUAUUCGUCCAUGUAAUCAUGUUCAUUCUUCUGCCAAAUUCUGAUAUAUCUGCAAUUAUGAGAUGUAAAUUGCCCUGGUGAUUUUGUUGAG